AUGCGCAACACAGCCAUAGAAAAGGUGCUCAAUCGGAAGAUGCGUCCACGGUACCUAGGGCCUUUGCUAGUAAUUUCUAGGAAUCGGGGAGGAGCGUAUAUUCUGGCCGAACUCGACGGAUCGGUCUUUGAUUGGCCAAUUGCAGCAUUCCAUGUUAUUCCUUAUUUUGCUCGCAGGUCUCUGAAGCUCACCAAACUUGAAGCCCUCCUCGACAUCUCACAAGAACGCCUUUGGGCAAUAGAAGAAUCCCGAUCGAGCAAUGACGACGCUGAGGCCGACGAUGCUAAUGAAGAGGAUACUAACACCAGCUCAGUCCGAUCUGCAAAAGAUGACGACGCGGCUUCGGGAACCUCCGACUAG